UUGCACAGUGCAGAGAGGAUGUUGUUUCUUCAUCAUCAGCCAGCAGUGUGUUCAGACGUAGGGAUUAUGACAGUCUUGGAGGAGAAUUAAGACAUGCAGAUGGCUGCUCUCAUGUGAUGCCAGAUUUCACCGGGGUCAGCAACAAGGGGGAUUGUCAACACUGUUUGGGCUGAUAGUAGACUUGUUUUUGAGAUGCAAUAUGGACAGACUGCCCUGGAACAGAUAAAAAGUGAAGGAUAGAGGAAGCAAGAGAAGACUGAACUAUUUUAACAGAAAGAAAGUACUUAUCACAGACAAACACAAGACAUCAUGUCCACUUCGAUAAAGCAGGAGAGAAACAUUUGUGUUCUCCUCCCCAACAAAGAUCAGCUGGACAUCGGUGUCGGGCCGAAGUCCACAGGGCAGGAUGUUUUUAACCGUGUAGCAGAGCUUCUUGGAAUCAAAGAGCUGCAUUUCUUUGGCCUCACAGUGGUGAAGGACAAUGAGCACAUAUUUUUAGACAUGGAGGAGAAACUGAUUAACUACUUUCCUAAGGAAUGGAAGCAAGAUUCGGUAAAGGGAUUACGGAGGAGACCGUUGCCUCUAGUACUCUGCCUCAAAGUGCAGUACUACAUAGAAAACGGCAGACUCAUUUGUGAACGAAAGGCACGGUAUCUAUACUAUUCUGACUUAAGGGAGCGGGUGCUUCGCUCUGAAUGUCGUCAGCAGGAGGAAGUGUACUUCCAGUUGGCAGGUUACGCCUUGCAGGCUGACCUCGGUGACCACCCGCCUCCCAUGGAGGAGACCACUCCUUACUUUGAACCCAAGGAGUAUUUUCCCCCUUGGAUUGUAGCUAAGCGUGGAGUAAACUAUCUCCUCUGCCAUGGGCCCAAGGUGCAUCAGGAGCAGUGGGGCAUGUCUCCUCGUGAUGCCAUCCUGCUCUUCAUCAGGGAGUCAUGUCGACUGGAGGAUGUACCUGUCACGUUUUACAGACUGCAAAAGGACAAAAAGGCAGAGAGAGGAACGGCAUUGCUCGGUCUGACCCUGCGAGGAAUGCAGGUUUAUCAGGAGGUGAACAACAUGAGACAGCUGCUGUACGACUUCCCCUGGUCAAAUGUGGGACGUCUCACCUUCCUGGGUAAGAAAUUCGAGAUCCAGCCAGAUGGCUUGCCAUCAGCCAGGAAGCUGGUUUACUACACCGGGUCAUCAUUCCGCUCUCGCCACCUCCUCCUGCACCUGAGCAGCAGCCAUCGCAUUUACCUCAGCCUCCAGCCUGCCCUCAAACACCUACGCCAGCUGGAGGAGAGCGAAGAGAAAAAGCGUUACAGAGAGUCUUACAUCAGUGAUGACCUGGACUUGGACCCCCCCGGCAGCGAGAGCAGCCCUGGUCUGUCCCGACACUCCACCAGCAGCUCUGGAAUUGAAGCUGACGCACGGCAGCAUAGCAUCUCCACAGAGAUGGCCUCCAUGGAGGAGGAAGGUCAACGGCAAGCAGAGAAGUACUUCAGCUCAGCAGCCAGCGGUGGCAGCUCCUGUACCUCGGGGUUUGAUGCAGGCAGUAAGGCUCGAAUAGAAGAUGAGGGGUGGCAAGAGGAAGAGAUCUUGACCAGUGUUGGAAGUCCAAAGGAAGUUCUUGUGGAUGAUCCUGAUGAGAUGUUCCAGCUGGCUGAUCUUCUUGAGGGAGUGUCAGUGGAUUGUGCAGAACUCUCCUCAGAAACUCACACACCAGAAAAUAAAGUGUGUUCCCCAAGCAGUGAUGAAGAUCUCUGGAAAUUGCAUAACAACGAUAUGUUAAAACAGAUGCUGAAAUCUAGGGCACAAGUUUGCGUGGAUCGGCACAGCCACAGUCUAGAUGAUGUACGUCUGUUCCCACCUCCGGCACCCCUGGGAACGACGCUGCCACCUGAUUCCUCCCACAGCUAUACCUUCGGGCUCCCAGAUGCCUCAGCAAACACAAAGACCCCUGCUGAUCACAGCCACUACCCACUUUUGCAUUGCCAAGCCAAACCUUACUUCUAUGGCCGCAGGUCUACCAACUGCCUCUCCCUGGACAUGUUAGGUGAUGAACAAUUCCUCGAAUUCAUACUUUGAACGUGUCAAGUGCUGUUGUCCACAAAUACACCCGUUCCCUUCCUUCAUUAACAGUGCAUCUCAACUCGCAGGUUGCCAACACAUGAAUGUCUCAGUGUUUUCUAUGUGACGAUGACAAGGAGGGAUGUAUGUGCUUCAAAUUGCAGAGACAUUAUUGGGGAAGAAAAAGCGUGAUCCCUGAUUGCUCUUAGAAAAGCAGCGGAUUAGAUAAAAGAUCAAAUUCAGUAACAUUAAAUCAGUUAGGAGCAUAUUUAUUAAUGUUGUAUAUUGUGUACAUACUGCUUGCACUAUUUUAUUACAUCGCAACUUCUCUGAGCAAAAACAUUUCUAAUUUUAUUGCCUUUUGUAAAGUCCACGCUGUGAAACAUUUUCUGAAAUGUCUAAAUAGGUUAAUGCCAAAGGCAUAACAUUUGACCCUAACAGAUAUUUUGAUCAUCAUGCAUAAGAUGGGACUUCCUUCACUUUGGCCUGUUUAAUUAUUUAAACACUUAAAUGUCCUUGUUUUAUUCCGGAGAAUCUCCAGAAGCAUCUGCAUGUUUGUGCUCCUGUAUUCCUUUGCUUUUUUAAAAAUCAUAUUUUAUAAUAUACUCUAUUUUUAUAUAGUGGGCUCUGUCAUGCUUUUCCUAUUAGUCUGCCUCAGCAAGUAGCUGCCGAUGUGGAAAAUUUAACCUCUUUACAGCCGGUAAUGCAUUCAUCCAAAGCUUCCCGAUUUUAUAGUCUCCUCCCACUUCUGUAAUUACAACAGAAAAGUAUUAUUUGUAAAGCACUAUUUCUGUAACCAGUUAAGUGUAUAAUGAGUCUGCAGUACUUUUGUAUUACGUAACCCCCAAACAAAGAACCUUUCUGUCUGGCAUUAUUUUCAAUGUUUUGUAAAUGAUAAUUGGUAUGCAGAAGAACUGAUGUCUUUAGUCAAAAUGAACUCACUUGGAAAGAGUCAUUAAACGUUUAAAUGUUUACUCAAUGCCAAUAAUGUAUGAACAACUGAGUGUUAAUUCACAAUACUGAACAUUUCCUUUUUAUCUAAAGUAUCUAAUGUUUUUUUUUAUGAUAGUGAAAAUAAAUUCUCAAUGUUACUAAAUGAAA